CUACUAAUAGCACAUGCGUAGAAAUGCAUAUAUUUAAAAUGCAUGUUGUAUAUUUUCUUAUAAAGAAAGACAUGUUGUAUAUGCACAACGGGUAAAUUCAGAAAAGCUGGCCUGUAUUUAAAAAUGAUUUGGAGGGUGUUAUAUAUGUAUGUGUGCAAAGUGCAAACACAUGUAGACAGGAUGGCUAUUUGCACAGCAAAUUUUCGAACCAAGUUGUCGGCUGAAAAGCCUUCCACUACACAUGCAUUUGAUCGUAUAAUCACCACCAUGAUCUCUUCCUUUAAGCCACUGUUAAGUGAGUUUCAGCGUAUUCCCACGAGAAUUGAUGUUCAAAAAACAUGGAAAAACUCUUCCAUGAAACUAUUAGAUGCCAUUGUGGACACAGUCUUCAAAUUUGAAGAGCAGUCGUAUAUGGAAAAUCAGAGUAAUUUUGCUCCAGUGGAAGAGAUGGGUGAUAAAGUUCUUCUAAAUAACGUGGAAGGGGCAAUUCCAUGUGAUUUUCCAGAGGGCACUUACGUCAGAAUUGGCCCGAAUCCACUAUUUGGUGGACUGAAAUCCGCAGUAUCAAAGUUUGGGAGAUCAAGUCACAUCUGGGUAGAAGGAGAAGGAAUGAUUCAUGCAAUCUAUUUCGAAAAAAAUGAUUCUGAUGGCAUCUCCAGAAUUUACUACAACAAUAAACAUGUUCAAACUGAGACAUUCAAAAUGGAGAGCAGAAAGAACAAGCCAUGUUUUAUUCCCACAGUCGAAGGUGAUUCUGCAGCUGUUCUGUCUGCUUAUCUUUUGAAUCUGUUAAGGUUCGGCAAAGUAAACAAGAUUAUUAGCAAUACCAACGUUUUCGAGCACUCGGGGAAGUACUACUCCGUCGCUGAAAGUGACUUGCCCCAGGAAAUUGAUAUUCAGACACUGGAAACAUUAGGUGAAUGGGAUGUCGGCGGGACUUGGAAUAGACCCUUCACUAGCCACCCAAAGAAAGCUCCAGGUACAGGGGAGCUGGUUUUUAUGGGGUUUGAUGCCGUCAAACCCUUUCUUGAACUCGGUAUUUUUUCAGCUGAUGGCAGGACACUGGUUCAUAGAGCUGAUCUUGAUUAUAAGAGGUCUAGCCUUACUCAUGAGAUAGGGGUUACGGAGAGGUACAAUGUUCUAAUGGACUUUCCACUGACAGUAGAUAUUAAUCGACUCAUUCGUGGAGGCCCAUUAAUAAGGUUCGACGAUAAAGAUUAUGCAAGGAUUGGAGUAAUGCCCCGUUAUGGCGAUGCAGAAUCUGUUCAGUGGUUUGAUGUGCAGGCGUGUAGUGCAUUUCAUAUCAUCAAUUGUUUUGAAGACGGUGAUGAGGUAGUCAUGUGGGCUUGUAGAGCUCUGGGAUCAGUAAUACCAGGACCUGAUUUUGGCCUAAAAAGAUUUGAGUACUUCUCCAAUGGUUUUAAGCAUCUGGAGAGAAAUAAUGAUGGUGAAAUCUGUGAGGGAUUAUUUUUCUCUCGCUGUUACGAAUGGAGAUUAAACAUAAUAACAGGAGAUGUGCAGGAGAAGAAUCUAACCGGAACAGAACAUUCCAUGGACUUUCCUAUGAUCAACGAAGAUUACAGUGGGAUCAGUAACAAGUUUGCAUACGCGCAAAUUAUCAAUACAGAAGCAAGCUCUGCGUCGGGCAUGGGGAAGUAUGGAGGACUGGCCAAGCUGUAUUUUAAAGAACCAGCAGACAAAAAAUGUGAAGAUUUGAUAAAGGUCGAAUAUCAUGCGUUUCCUGAGAAGACAUUCUGCUCGGGGGCAGCAUUUGUCUCUAGGAACAAGGGCUGUGAAGAAGAUGAUGGGUGGAUAGUCACUUAUGUACAUAAUGAAAAUACUAAUGUAUCUCAGGUUUAUAUAAUUGAUGCGAAGAAAUUCUCUGAGAAGCCAGUGGCGAAGAUUACAUUACCAAGCAGAGUUCCAUAUGGUUUUCAUGGAGCUUUUAUGAAAAAAGUAGCUUCUGCAUAAACAAGUUUCAAGAAAUGAGCGUUCUUGAAGAGACUGCCAAGUGUGUGUGCGUGUGUGCGCCUGACGUUUUGUUUUCAAUAUUUUAAUUAUUAUUUCAAGCGCUUUUUGACAUAAAAUUAUAUCAUGCUCAUGUGUUUCUUGACAAAUACCAUUUAAGAUGUCAGCUUGCUAUAAGUGCAAAUUUUUUGAUA